AUGCUCACAGAGCAUUUCAUCGCCUCGAUAGGCGUGCCCGCAAAGGCGCCUGGGCCGAACGUGCCCAAAGACGCCGCCAUCUUUCUACACGAGUUCCAACCGCUUUCUGCGCAGCGAUCUCUCUACAAGAAGUCGGCCACACUGCCGAACUGCUUGGCUGUCAGCGAAAGUCACGUCUUCGCUGCACAGGCAGACAAAGCAGUCGUACACGUCUACAAUCGAGAGAAAGGAAACCAUGAAGCUACGGUGCCAUUCACAGAAAGAAUCGGCUCGAUCACGCUUGCAUGUGACGAUACUGUUCUAAUCAUUGGAACUGUCGAAGGAAGAAUAUUCCUCUGGGAAACGUGUACGGGACGACAAGUUACGACAAAUCAGGCCCAUUUGCAGCCUGUCACUGGAUUGGUCGUCGAUGCGCGUUCCAAUUUCUUACUCUCCGCAUCCAAGGACUCUACGAUUCACGUCUGGUCUCUCCCGGCGCUGCUUUCAUUUUCCAAUGCCAAUGGAGUUGCACCACUACGAACGUUCUCGCUCCAUCGAUCCGAGGUCACAUCGAUCGUUCUAGGCCACAGCGUGUCGAAUUGCAACUUUGCCGUCUCCACGUCAAAGGACAAGUCUUGUAUGAUCUGGGACUAUCACACAGGCAACUUGAUUCGCACAUACCUUCUUCCAGGGGUACCCCUCUGUACUGCUCUCGACCCAGCCGAUCGUGCAGCGUAUGUAGGAUAUGAAGAUGGCAGUCUUCAGCAACUCGACCUUUUCGCAUCUCAGGACAGCAUUAUCGAUGCGGUGCAGAAUGGUGGCAACCCGACCGAGCCUGUACAGCCCCCUGCAUCUUCAAGGUGGAAGCUACCCGAGUCGUCGCACGGAUCCGCGUUGAGCCUCAGCGUGUCGUUCGAUGGCAGCACCCUCAUUUCAGGACACAAGUCCGGAACGAUACUCAGCUGGGAUGUGGCACGAGGAAGCUUUGUGGCAGCACAGACGCAGCUACCUUUGCCAGGUCCGCUGAACAAUCUUCAAUUCCUGCCGGUUACUGGCUUCAACCGAGACUCACUGUGCAAGAGAACGAAGAUAAGUGACGUUGUCAAGCCAAAGUUCGGCGCCUUCGACUCUGCAGACACAGAUGCCGUGCCUGGGAAUUAUACACUCAGUGUCCGAUUCCCCAGCGAUCUCGCUUCUGCUCCCGGCAGUGAACAAUCAAGUUUCAUGGCCUCUCUCACCGCACCAUGUUUCCCAGACGCUCUAUUGGACGAAGGCCUCUGCGAGCUCGCAUCUUGGGGAAAGACUGGUGGCGUGCAGAUGAACGGUCAGAAAGAGGAGGCCGAUGGCGAUUUCAUCGCUUUGAAUGAAGCUCCUGCAGCUUCUGGAACAAGCUCGCUUCACGACGAAAACGCUAGCUUGAGGCUUCAAAUCGAAGCUCUGAGAAGGGUUCAAAAGAAGAGCCUCGAGAAGAUGGAGAAGUUAUCCGACGAAAAGGCUGCAUUGCAGAAGAGGGAGCAGCAAAGGCAGGCAAAGCGUGGCGUUAAACAGCCCAAUGGCGCCGCUUCGGAAGAUGAUGAGAGCGAGAGGUCUAGCGAUGAAGACAGCUCGAGCGGAGAAGAGUCAUCAGAUUGA